CUCUCGAAGCCACUGGAACGUGUGUUGUGUCAUCCCACACACAGCUAGCUAGGCUAUAAAUUAACCAAGACGCGGACUCACAUGCGAAGUACGACGCCAUAAUAAUGGAGGGUCCGAGUCUGGGAGGCUGUACCGCUGCCAGCAGGCCGUCCACCACCCAUGCCUCAGCCUCAGGCUAUCCUCCCCUUUAUAAGAUUGAGCACUCUCAACUCACUCUCUUCAACCGUCUGUUUGCUGCAGUUUACGCGUCUGCCAUCCUCGCCCUCCUGUAUCGCCAUGCAUUCAUGCUCAUAAACUCCCCCGCCUUAGCCUCCUCCUUUAUCUCCCUCUCCAUGCUGAUCUCUGAUCUUGUGCUUGCUUUCUUGUGGGCUGGCACCCAGGCUUGCCGCAUGCGUCCAAUCCAUCGCAGGGAAUUCCCCGAAAACCUCGAAAGGGUUGUCAAAGAUCAAUCCGAUUUUCCUACACUCGACGUGUUCAUAUGUACCGCCGAUCCGUACAAGGAGCCUCCAAUGAGCGUGGCGAGUACGGCCUUAUCUGUCAUGGCAUAUGACUAUCCAACAGAGAAGAUCUCAGUCUACGUAUCAGAUGAUGGGGGCUCGCAGCUCACUCUCUUUGCUUUCAUGGAGGCUGCUAAGUUUGCAAGCCAUUGGUUGCCCUUUUGUAGAAAGAAUAACGUAGUAGACAGGAGCCCAGAAUCAUAUUUUGCUUUGAAUAAUUCUCCGAGCUUUGAAGCCGAGAAGAUCAAGACAAUGUACGAUAACAUGAAAAUCAGGGUAGAUAAUGCUGUCGAGAGAGGGAAAGUUGGGGAUGAGUACAUGACCGGAGAAGAAGAGCGCAGAGCAUUUAACAGAUGGACAGAGGGAUUUACACGCCAAGAUCAUCCCACUGUGAUCCAGUUGCGGACAAUGAAUGAGCAGGUUUUGUUGGAGAAUAGGAAAGACAAAGACAUCACCGGCCAUUUGAUGCCAAACCUCAUUUAUGUCUCCAGACAGAAAAGCAGGAUUUCACCCCACCAUUUUAAAGCUGGUGCCCUCAAUACAUUGCUCCGGGUAUCGGCUACCAUGACAAAUGCUCCCAUAAUCCUUACCCUAGAUUGUGAUAUGUACUCCAAUGAUCCUCGUACGCCUCUGCGUGUGCUAUGCUACCUGCUCAACAGUAGUACUACUAGUACUCAAGCUCAAGUACUUGAUCGGUCGACCGAACUAGGAUACAUUCAGUUUCCCCAACACUUUCAUGGGAUUAACGAGAAUGACACCUAUGCCUGUGAAUAUAAACGUUUGUUUCAAAUCAAUUCGAUGGGGCUAGAUGGACUGGCUGGGCCUAACCAUGUUGGAACCGGCUGCUUCUUUUGCCGACGAGCGUUCUUUGGAGGUCCAUCAACGUUUGUGCCACCAGAAAUCCCUGAAUUAGGUCCCUUCCAUGUUGUGGACAAACCUAUUCGGUCCCAACCAAUUCUGGAAUUGGCACACGAGGUCGCAAGCUGCAAUUAUGAGAACCAGACCAAAUGGGGUUUUGAGAUUGGUGUCAGAUAUGGAUCAUUGGUUGAGGACUACUUCACAGGUUAUCGGCUGCACUGCGAGGGAUGGAAGUCAAUAUUCUGCAGUCCAAAGAGGGCAGCAUUUUUGGGUGACGCACCAAUUACCCUUGUUGACGUGCUGAAUCAACAAAAGCGAUGGUCCAUAGGCCUACUUGAUGUGGUUUUCUCUAAGUUUAGUCACUUAACCUUCGGCAUCAGAUCCAAUAUCGGUCUUCUCAUGGCCAUUGGUUAUGCACAGAUUGGCUGCUGGGCCUUCUGGUCCAUUCCCAUCACCAUGUAUGCCUUCCUCCCCCAGCUAGCUCUCCUAAACGGGAUCAGCAUCUUCCCAAGUGUGUCAGAGUUAUGGUUUCUAUUGUAUAUGUUCCUUUUCUUAGGAGCCUAUCUGCAGGAUCUCCUCGACUUUUUGUUCUACGGUGGAACGGUCCAAAGAUGGUGGAGUGAUCAGAGGAUGUGGAAUAUAAGGGGCCUCACAUGUCACUUUUUUGGAUUCUUGGAGUUCUUUCUCAAGUCUGUGGGUAUUCCCACACAAGGUUUCAAUGUGACCAGCAAAGUGCUGGACGAUGAACAAAGCAAAAGAUACAUGCAAGGGUUCUUUGAGUUUGGAGUCCCAUCACCCAUGUUUGUGCCACUAACAACGGCAGCAUUUGUCAACUUAGUCUCAUUUGUCUGGGGGCUUGUAUGGAUCUUCAGAGGAAGCAAAGACGUAGAGGUGGAGGGACUGUUUGUGCAGAUUUUCUUAGCAGGCUUCGGAGUGGUGAACUCCUGGCCAAUUUAUGAAGGUGUGGUCUGGAGGAGAGAUAAAGGAAAAUUGCAUAUUAGAACUACCAUGAUCUCAACAUUUCUGGCAAGUCUUCUUGUUGCUGCAGCUUCUUUUGCUACGAACUGAAAUUACGAGCUUUUAUUUUCUAGUUUAUUUUAUACUAGGUUCAUCGCUACUUUUAACUGAGUAAAAUAAUUUGUAUGCAAACAAUGAUGAAUUAUUAUGGUAUGUAAAAUAAAAAAGUACAUUCUUAUACCAUUUA